AUGAGGCUCGUUUGGGACGAUAGAGAUUCGGAUAGUGAUACCGGUACUAUUUGUGUGACCGAUACACCUACAUCUGAGAUUGCGGAUGUGUGUGAUUCGCCUGAAGAGUCACCUCAAAGGACCUCUGCCACACCUUCCAAUGCAGAAUUAGCACCUGUUGAGGAGAGUAUUUCGUCUACACCCACGUCGGAAGACAAAAUAGGUUCUGUUAUCGGUCUUUGUUUACAUAACUUCAAAAGUUAUGGAGGGACGGUCCAUAUCUCCGAAUUUAGUAACUUCACAGCUAUUAUCGGUCCUAACGGCUGCGGUAAAUCCAACUUAAUGGACGCGAUAUCUUUCGUAUUAUGUGUGAGUUCUACGGUAUUACGUGGGUUAGAUUUGAAGGACCUGAUAUACAAGUCCCGUGGCAAGGGUUCCGACCCUGUUACAGAAGCCUAUGUGGAGCUUACCCUUAAUGGUGGUCCUAAACCUGUUUUAUUCCGCCGUCAAAUCAGUAUCUCGGGCAAUGUGAGUUACUUCGUUGACGGAGCAUCGAUAUCGUUCAAGCAAUAUAAAGAGAGCUUGCGAGAAUACCGUAUCAACACUUUGGGUUCCACAGGUUUGAUAUUUCAAGGAGCUGUUAACGAUAUCGCUGCACGUUCUCCAGCAGAGCUGACUCGUCUAUUUGAAACUAUAAGUGGUUCUUCUUUGUAUGCGAAACCGUAUAAGUAUAUAAAAGAGAAACUUGAGCGACGACGCAUGGAGUACCGUAACCUGGUAGCUCGUAAGCGGUCUCUACAGCAGGAACUUCGACAAUACCGCAGCAUGAUCUCGAAUAAUGUCGACUAUGAUGCGUUGUUAUCAAGUUACAAGCGUGCUGAGGCACGGAAGUAUGCAUACGACUUUCACCGAAUAUCACUUGUAUUUCGGGAUAAAAAGUUGGAAUAUGACCGUUUAUCUCAGAGGGCCUCUGAAUUAAAUGAACUUUUGUCUAACAUGCAGACUAAACGUGCUGAACUUGAGCAUGAAAGGUCAACUUUAUACUUUGAACAGAGCCAACUUCAUCGUUUGAUACAGGAUAAACAAAAAAGAUUGUUAUCUAAAAAAGAAUCCAUGAGCCACUAUUAUGAAUCUAGAUCACGUUUGGAGAAGCGUCUAUCAGAGCUUGAUGCUUUGCGUCAAUCUGUAGAGAGCGAUGUGGAUAGUUUGCAACGUGAGAGCGAGGAGCUAUCUGAGCAGGAGUCCCGUUUACACUGCGAAUGUGAAUCUAUAACUGCCGAGCUGCAAUCUUUACGCUCAUCUGCUAUAUCACUGACUGCUGCCCAGCGUGAGAAGUAUGAUGGUUUGUUGCAAAGUUUCGUAAGGGCCACUUCUGCACUGCGUAUCAAGCUUAACCUUGGUCGUGGUAAAAUAGCGGACCUGUCAUCGGAUGGUGACCAUAUCCGUGGUGAAUUGGAAUCUUUACGUAAAUACCAUGGGAAACUUAUGGAAUCAUCUAAACCUCAUGAAUCGAUGUACCAAAAUUUAUGUACCCGGCUUCGUGAAACUAAUGAUUCUAUAGAAUUACUUUCAAUGACCAAGUCGAGAUUGGAGCAUGAACGUUCUCAGGUAACGUCACGUCGUUCUGCUCUUCAGGAUGAGAAAUCUAGCCUUGAUAACCAUUUGAAGACUCUGAAUGUUGCAAAAUUAGAGUAUAGGCAGAUCGUCCGUCGACGUCAAUAUACACAGGAGCUUAUGACUGCAAUAGAAGGUGUGCAUGGUGAAGUGUUUUCUCUCUGUGAGAUAACUAAUGCGUGUUAUCACGACAGUAUCAUGGCGGCACUUAAUACCCGUGGCCAGAUGAUAGUGACCGACAGUAUGUCCGUCAUCCAGGAGUGUAUAUCAAAGCUUCGUCGUGACCGUGUCUUCAAGCGUGAUUUUAUCCCAUUGGAUUCUCUUAAACUAUCUAAAUCAGAUAAUCGUGCUCGUCUAUCUGAGCUGUUUAGGUCACGUGGGAUACGUGUUCACUAUAAGUUAGCGGUGGAUUGUUUAGUAUUUCAACGUCGCUAUGGGUCUUUAUUUGAACAUUUACUUGGCGACACAGUGCUUGUGGAUAGUUUGGAAGAUGCUGAGCGUUUAAUUUCAUGUGACAGCGGCCAUUAUUUAGGGUUCACUGUGGUGACCCAGAAAGGCCAGGUGAUAACUCGUGACCGUACGAUUAUCCUCGAUUCUGCAGUUUAUACUAAGAAUACCCAAUUGGAGAUUGAAUUAGCUGAAUUUAGUCGUUUAUCUUUAAAAUCAGAACGUCUUGAUCAAGAUAUCCAAUUAUUGUCCAAGAAACUUACGGGUAUUGAGGGUUCUUUACAGGACACCAUUGGGAAGCUACAGAAACACCACCGUGCUAAAGAGCUAUUACAGAUGAAAGUUGACUUCGCUCGACGUCAUAAGGAAGCUUCUGAGCAGCAGUUGGAGAGUUCAGAGUCGAAAAUCUUGGCUGUAAGUAAGAGGUUGUCCGAUAUAGAAUCUGAGAUUAAAGUUUUAGAGGAAUCUCAGUCACAUGAUGAGUCUGUUUUGUGUGAUUUACAACGUAGUCAUUUUAAGGAACUUAAUGACGAGCUUGGCGUUGAUGAUGUUCACGGUUUAUUGAAUUCCAACCAGGAUUCUGCAGUCCGUCUGGAAUCAACAUUGGAACAUAAGCGUGCACUAUUACACCGUUGUGCAAGGGACAAGUGUGAGUUGUCUAACCGUCUUGAACAUCUGCGUGAGCAAUCUUUAUCGGAUUUACAUGUUAAACACGAGCGUUGUCUCGUCGAGCUCCGAGCCCUGCUCCAAACAAACGAGUCGCUACACCGAGAGUUGACGGAGCUUGAAAAUGAUCUUGCAUCAGAUAGAGAACGUUUCGAUAGACUUUCGCAGGAGAUCGAGAAGUGCCAUGAGCGUAUGAAAUAUAUCCAAUAUGAUCAUGAUUAUGGUCUCGAUUGUCCAAGUGUUGAUAUUACACAAGAUUCAGAUUCUCAAUCUGGCCGAGUGGUUCCACUGCGUGAAUCUAAGGAAACAGUUUCAUUAGAGUUAUUGGCUUUAAUGGGUUCUAUACGUGAGCUGCAACGUUCUGCUAUAGAGCUAGCAGAUAAUUGUCGUUUAAGGAAUGUCGAUUGCCGUAUAUCGGUACCUACAUCGUUAUGCGACCCUUCAUCUGAUUUCGUCUGUGAGUUCCCAGAGCUUGUGGAUAGUGGUCUUAUAGACCCCGAGAUGGAUGUUGAUCGUGCCAUAUCACGUCUGGAUAGUGAGAUGUCAUCGUUACGCAAAUCGUUGUCCACGUCUGGCGCCCGUGACGACGUGGAAGCACGUCUGCGUCGUACGCAGGUCGACAUUGACCAUUUGGAUGCUGAGAUAUCUUCUGCUAAAUCUGAAUGCAGUAAUUUAGAGCCGGAUUUCGAGCGCAUAAAGAAGGAGCGUACAAGUCUGUUUAUGAACUGUUUCAACGGUGUGAAGCGUUUAGUUGGUCCUAUAUAUCGUAGCCUUUCAGCACGAGAUGAUAGUGACGAUACCACAGGCGGUUCGGCCUUUUUGACCCUGGAUGACGAUGUCUCUGGUAGUAUUUCAGAGCCCUUUCUAUGUAGUAUUCGUUAUAACACGAUGCCGCCUAUGAAGAAAUUUUUAGAUUUAAGUUUGCAAAGCGGUGGCGAGAAAGCGGUUUCAUCACUUGCACUACUGCUUGCCCUGCACAGUUUCCGAAGGUCUCCAUUUGUAGUCCUUGACGAGAUUGAUGCAAAUUUGGAUAAUGUCAAGGUAUGUAACCUGGUAUCUUUUUUACGUCGGAGUGACUUUCAAACUAUCAUCAUAUCCCUGAAGCCGCGCCUUUUUUCAAGUGCAGAAGUGUUAGUUGGGGUCUAUACUUGUCAUGAGAAAGCAUCUUCCAGCUGCGUGGUACUAAACCUGGCUGAGUACGGUGGCGAUGAGGUCACCAAUGGUGUCAUCUCUGGGUACUAA